AUGAAGUCUGCGGCAAGCUCGCGCUCCGGCGGCGGCUGGGGCGGCGGCUGGGGCGGCGGGCGCGGCAGCAGCAGCAGGGGAGGUGACGGCGGCGGCAAGGGCGGCUUCGGGCCGCGGUCGCGCAGCAGCGGCGGCGGCGGCGGCGGCGGCGGCAGCAGCGGCGGCGGCGGCCGGGGCCGGGGGCGCGGCGGCGACAGCAGGGACCGCAGCGGCGGCGGGCAGCGGCGCAGCGGCGGCGGCGGCGGCGGCGGCGGCGCCAAGAGCAAGAACAGGAACCGCCGCAGGAAAGGCAUCGCCGUGUCGGUGGAGCCGCACCGCCACGAGGGCGUCUACAUCUACCGCGGGGCCGAGGACGCGCUGGUCACCCGGAACAUGGUGCCGGGCCAGUCGGUGUACGGCGAGCGGCGGGUCACGGUGGCCGAGGGCGGCGUGAAGCAGGAGUACCGCACCUGGAACCCGUUCCGCUCCAAGCUGGCCGCCGCCAUCCUGGGCGGGGUGGACCAGAUCCACAUCAAGCCCAAGAGCAGAGUGCUGUACCUGGGCGCCGCCUCGGGGACCACGGUCUCCCACGUCUCCGACAUCGUCGGCCCCGACGGCUUGGUCUACGCCGUCGAGUUCUCCCACCGCGCCGGCCGCGAUCUGGUCAACGUCGCCAAGAGUCGAACCAACAUCAUCCCGGUCCUGGAGGACGCCCGCCACCCGCUCAAGUACCGCAUGCUGGUCGGGAUGGUGGACGUGAUCUUCGCCGACGUGGCCCAGCCGGACCAGUCCCGCAUCCUGGCUCUGAAUGCUCACACCUUCCUGCGCAACGGGGGCCACUUUCUCAUCUCCAUCAAGGCCAACUGCAUCGACUCCACUGCAUCUGCCGAGGCGGUGUUUGCUUCUGAGGUGAGGAAGCUGCAGCAGGAGAAUCUAAAGCCCCAAGAGCAGCUGACCCUGGAGCCCUACGAGAGGGACCACGCCGUGGUGGUCGGGGUCUACCGGCCCCUCCCGAGGAGCAGCAGCAAGUAGCACCCGGCUGGGCUGCCCCGAGAGUCUCCUGCAAAGCUUGCUGAGUGGUGUUGUUAUGUGUGUGUUUUGUGCGUUGUUUCUCUGUUGUUGUUAUAUUACGUGGCAUAAAGAAACAGCAUCUAAGCC